AUGCGGUCGAUCACACGAAUCUUUGGUGAGAUAUCAUUGGGUCAAGUCGCAGCACUUGCAGAGGACCACAUUGAGAAAUAUACAUACUCACAGAGGGUUUGCCCCAAGCCGUGGACAUUGGACAGUGGAAUGACCCCUGCAAUCAGGAACAGGGGUGGUUUUGAGUGCGCGAGCGCACAAUCGGAGUUUUCCUCCUCUCUGGCUGCCAAAAAAAACUGUCAAGGUCUUGGAGGACGGGAGACAACUCAUGACACGGCAUACGUCAAAUGCACAUGGGGUGGCGGCCUGGGGCCUCACUAA